UUUUGGUCGAGCACCAGACCGCCAAAAAGAAGCAGCUGGAGCUAUCGUUUAAAUAUAAGCUGUGGAGGGGAAAGAGAAACAAGGUUGAUAGUCCUACAACACCGACUUUUUUAAUGUAGCUUAUCGUGUCGCAGGCAAUUCCUAGCUGAGAUUGCGGUGUUCCGUCUGUUGGAUCACUCUGCAGUGAUAGUGUAUUGUUAGUGGUCAGCUUCAUUGAUCAUCAUCAACUCAGCGGCAACACAACUAGACUUGAAGGGUACAUGAAAUGGGUGAGAUCAUACUGAUUAAUUAUUCUUUCUCCACCGGACAUUCGUCAUACAGCUUACAUACAGUCCUGCUCAACCAUUCCGUCGGUCCUUCGCACUCCAACUGUCCUGACCAAGUUCAACCUCAACGCCUUCUCCUUCAAUAAUACAUAACCAUCCUGAACAUCAUGGACCAGUCCCAGUCAUCCGCAAACCCCUCAACCAAGACACUCCGCACCCGAACCUCCUCCGUCCAACUCGUCCUCAACCAUGUCACCCACACUCCGCCCGACCAUCGCUUCGCUGCCAACAACUUCGACCACUCAACCAAUCUCACUCCACCCAACAGCUCCCCAACCCAAACCAAAUCUCAGGCAAAGAAAUCUAAACCGAUACCUCACUGGGAGCAAGUCAGUCAAGGCUUCUGGCAUGACUUGAAAACGAUGAGAUGGAUGCGCCACCCUGGCACCUCCUUUCGUAUGAUCCUCAUCAUCCUUCUUCCUUGGGCAUUCCUCGAACAAUUCAGGUUCCUGGGCUGGAUCGACUCAAAUCCAUUAACCUCCUUCGUCUUGAUCUCCUACCGUCUACCGCUCCAGGCCGACGAAUCCUAUCAUCGCUACGGGAAAGGAACCAAGGACUUCCUCUUCCUCGCAUUCUACAUCAUCGUCUUCUCAUGUAUUCGACAAACAGUCACCGAAUAUCUCAUCAGGCCCUAUGCUAGAUACCUCGCCCUCAAAGGUACCAAACAGGACAGAUUUGUCGAUCAAGGCUAUGCGGUCUUCUAUUGGGGCUCAGCCACACUGAUCGGAAUGCGUGUCAUGGCCAGUCAGCCUACUUGGUGGUACAACACUGCAGAGUUUUGGUAAAGGUUAUCUCUCACUGGAGAAUGGAACCAACGACAAAAGUUUACUAUCUGUUACAAAUUCUCUUAUUGGUUACAACAGAUGCUCAUUCGCUUCAUUAGGAUAGAGAAACCUCGGAGCGAUUUCGUCGAACUUAUCAUCCAU